AUUUCCGCUUUCUGAACCACAGUAAAAAUUUUCACCCCGCGAAAUUCGGCAAGAUUCCCCUCUUUACCCCGCCAUUUCCUCCAUCUUAACUGUUGCAUCUGUGGUGUCCUGCCCUGGAUAUCUUCCAUAUUCGCCCUCGAGACACAUAAUAUGAUCGCCUCCGGGCAGAUAUGCGCUCUUACUUUGGCUGUGUGACAUGUCGACAGCGCAAGGUUAAAUGUGACGAAGCAAGGCCUGUAUGCGGCCCCUGUGUCAAAGCCUCGCGAAACUGUGUCUUCUCCAACAACUGCAUCUUUCGCCACUCCAGCGUCAACGAUCUUUGCCGCGAUCUGGGGAGCGGUUGGUCUCCGCAAGGGCCUCAGAUAUGGGUCCCGGUUCCCUCGCCCCUCACCUUUGUUCAGGUCAUAGACCCAUUUGCCGACGAAGAAUUGACAUCCUCGGUGGAUGAACGCCAUCCUGAUCACGAACCCCACCUAGUAGUCGCCUCGCCCUCGACAAUCGCUGCUGGAGAAGAGAGUAUAGUGUCGACUCCUGCUCGGAGCCCCGUGCCACCCGAACAAAAUGGAAUCUUGACAGCAGUCUUGAUCCAGCACUUCCAGGCAGCUCCCGGUCAAUGGCUGGACAGCUUCGACUCUAAUGCGUAUUACUCCAUCAAGGUGCCCAUCAUGGCGGCUACGCGGCCGAUGAUGAGAGCGGCUGCCUGUGCCCUGGCCGCCAAACAUUUGCACCGGCUCUGCCAGGGGGAUUCCGUGCGGAUAUCCCAGCUCCCUCACCUGCGCAAAACCCCGCUGCAGUGGACUAUUAGAGCUAUCGAUUGGAAGUACGAAUCCGUGCGGCUCUACGACCAGGCCAUCCACCACCUGAAAGAGGCCAUUGCGCUGGAAAUCCCCGAUGAUCGGCGCGAGGAGAUGUUCGCCGUGGUCGCGAUCCUUUGCAUGUACGAGCUGAGUGAUGCCCCUAGCACCGAAUGGCGGGCUCACCUCAGCGCCCUGCCCUUCCUGUACUGCGGCAGUCCCGAUGCCUGGAGGUCGACAGAGACGCUGCCUGAUUCCCUGCUGCACAUUCCGCGAUCCGUGUUUUGGAGUCUCUACCGGCAGGACUGUCUCUCCGCAUUCAUCAACGAGACCCAAACCCGUCUGGAUCUCUCCGAUCUCAUUCUCUGGCGUAAUUUCGGCCUCAGCAUCUCCUCAUACGGUCACCUCUUGCCCCCGUCGAAACCCACCACCCCCGCCAUCCCCUCCGCCCCCCCUUCCCCUCGUAUCUCCUCCCCAGCCCCCUGGCUCGACGAAGACACGCUCAGCAACGCGCUCAUCUGGCUCACCGGCAAGAUCAUCAAUUACAUCACCAGCGGCGACGGAAUCAACCCGGGCGACUAUGAAAGCCCCCCAGACCAACGACCAUCCUUCGGCACCACGCAAGAGGACCUGCUGAAACGGUGGCAGCGACUCGACUUCGAGCUUCGCGCUUGGCACGACUCCCUGCCGGCCUCCUUCACUCCCUGUGCGCGGACCCGCCUGUCUCUAUCGACGGAUUCCGGACCGAUCGCCCGACGUCCCGCCUCCGAGCACCACGACGCCGAUGACUCCGACGGCAACAACAACACCACCAUUGACGCCAUCGUCUUCACGGUCCCCAUGUGCGCCGUCACCAUC